AUGGCAGUCAGCAUCUCUAUCUACACGGCUGUGGUCACAGCAGUACUGCUCCCCAUCCUCUUCGCCAUCCACCGGCUCUACUUCCACCCGCUAUCGCGCUACAAUGGUCCACGGCUCUGGGCCCUGACCCGCCUCCCGUACAUGCUCGCCUUCCGGUCCGGCCAAUUAGCCCACAAAAUCAAAUCCUUCCACGAGAUUUACGGCGACACCGUCCGCGUCGCCCCCAAUGAAGUCUCCUUCAUCGACCCCACCGCCAUCAAGGAUAUCUACAACCGUCAACCCAACCCACACUACAAAUCCCUCCCCAAGGACCCCGUCCGCCAACCACCCCCGCGACCCGGCCAACCCAUCAACAUCCUCGAAGCCAACGAUACAGACCAUACGCGACUCCGGAAAGCCUACGCCGCCUCCUUCAGCACCCAGGCGCUAACCGCCCAGGAACCACUCGUCACCACGUACGUCCACAAAAUGAUCGCCCAGAUCAAGGCCCGGACGACAACAACGACCAACGGAGCGGUCAUCGACCUCCAGGAUUGGAUCAGCUACUGCACAUUCGACAUCAUGUGCUCGCUCAGUCUGGGAGCGGACUUUGGGUGUCUGGACCAAGAUCGGUACCAUGAAUGGGUGGGGAUGCUCGUACACUCCCUGAAAGGCAGAGUACAACUCGCCUCGUGUCGUUUCUACCCUUGGCUGUUCAACUAUCUGGUCCAGAGAUUGCCUGAAACCGCUCAGCGGAUGGCGGCCCAGCACCAGGCUACCACGAAGGAAAAGGUGCAACAGCGUCUGCGGACCGAGGUCGAUCGACCGGAUUUUCUCUCGCAUUUGCAGAGGUCGAAACAUGAGCUGUCCGACGGGGAAAUGGAAGUUAAUGCGGCUACGUUGAUCUUUGCCGGGAGUCAUACCCUGCAGACGGCCAUCACGGGGAUUGUGUUCCAUCUGCUGCAACAUCCUGAUGCGCUAGCCCGGGUGACGGGUGAGGUCCGGAGUAGCUUUGCCACAGCCGAGGAGAUCGAUUCGAGGAAGUUGUCAAGAUUACCUGUGCUAGAAGCAGCCAUCAAGGAAGGCAUCCGACUCACCUCCCCCGUCCCAUUGGGCCUCACUCGACUCGUCCCCGCCGGAGGCCACACCAUCUGCGGCGACUUCUUCCCUGAAGGCACCAUCGUCUCCUACAUGCAAUGGGCCGCCAACAUCUCCCCCCGAAACUACACCCACCCCACCGAAUUCCACUUAGACCGAUGGCUCCACCCCACCGAAGCUCCCUUCGCCCACGACCACCGAACCGCCACACAACCCUUCCUGCAGGGUCCCCGAGACUGUAUCGGACAGAAUCUCGCUCGGAUGGAAAUCUCUCUUAUCUUGGGCCAUCUGCUCUAUCAUUUUGAUUUGGACGUGCCGCGGGGGGUUGAGAGUCUGGGGAAGUGGGACGAUCAGGAGACGUAUGCGGUUUGGUUGAAGGCGCCGUUGUCGGUGAAGGUGGUGGUGAGGUAAGGUUGUUGGUGCCUGUGGGGUGGAUAGUAUGUUG